UAAAGAAAAGUUUUUAAAAUUCUGAAAGGAAUAAAACAAAGGAGACAUGUUUGGUAUAUCUUUGUUUUAAAACUUAAUACAAUAUAAGAAAGGAUGAUAACAUAUAGAGAAUAAUUAUACGCACCCAGUUCAGGAUUUAUGUACAUCUUACGAUGACAGUAAAUUGGACGUCGGAGAUUUAUCCAAGUAUAUCUUUAUUUGAUUUUGAAAAUUCCUCCAUCAAUCCGUUUCUACUUUUUGACGAAUUCAAUUCGACAGGAUCUUAUAACGAUUUAAACAUAUCGACGGCGAUAACCAUACUUACUAUAAAAAGUAACCGAGAGUUAUGGCGAGACAUACCGCUAGGUUGUACCUUGACACUUUUAUCUUUGUUGACCCUUGUUGGAAAUGCAUUGGUGCUUCAUGCUGUCAGGACAGAAAGACGAUUACAAACGGUAAGCAACAUGUACAUAGUAAGCCUCGCUGUUGCCGAUUUAAUUGUUGGUAUGUUUGUCAUGCCAAUCAGUGCUAUAUAUAUCUUCACCGAACAAUGGUAUUUUGGUGUAGGACUUUGCCAGUUAUGGAUAUCUGUGGAUUACAUAGCUAGCACGGCGUCUAUAUUCAAUUUGUUUAUAUUGAGUGUUGAUAGAUACUGUUCUGUGAAGUCACCUUUGAAGUAUAUUAGAAAACGAACGAAAAAGAGAGCAUUAUUUAUGAUAUCAUUUGUUUGGUUCUUGUCGUCACUAUGGAUAAUUCCAAUUGUUGGAUGGCACUUCUUUGUGUUUGGUGGUAUACGAAGUGUACCUUCCAAUGUUUGUGAGACUGAAUAUGCAAAGGAUUCAGUAUUCAAAGUAAUAACAGCUUUCUUUAAUUUUUAUCUUCCACUAACUAUAAUGAUAUGCCUGUAUGGAAAAGUAUUUCAUGAAAUUCGAAAACGUUCAGCAUUAGAACUUGGGCAGAGACAUACUUCAAAACAUCCAACUGUUCAAUUUUUACCAAGUUUAGAUUCCCAAACAUUAGAUGACAGCAGUGAAAACAAUAUAACAACUGCUCUCAAAGAAGAUUCAAAAUUGCAUUUUACAAGUGGAUUUUACUCAGUUCACGGGAAUAAUUGUAACCAAACAACUUAUAAAACUCGUCGACGUAAUAAUGUGAUACCAAAAGCUUAUCGAGAAUUCCAUGUCACUGAGUUUAAUACGCGAUAUAUUCCAAAAAGACGUAUUGAAUACAUUUACGAUGAGGGUGUAUUCGAUUCCACAACAGAAAAAUUGGAGCGAUAUUAUUACAAGAAACAAAUGAAUGGUUCAAGUCAGAAUGGACCUACAUCAUACACUUGUGAUAUAGGUAUUGAUCAGUCUCCUCCUUCCGGAACACCGACGGGGAGUUCUAGUAGUGAAGACCGACAGUCUAUCAGAUCGCUAGAGCCUCCGCUGACACAUAAAAAGAAGUCAUUAUAUUCACUGACUAAUGGUCUGAAACAGAUUCGGCAGGCAACGAACAUAAUGGACCAUACAUCAGUUGUCAGUCAGAAAGCCCAUAUGAACGGCAAAAAUCGCUUAACAACACUGAACGAUGAAUCACAUAGACGCAUUUCAAAAUUACUUAACAUUGGACACCGUCUUCGAAAUAUUCGUCGAAGUUCGUCAUUGACAAAAGAAAUCAAAGCGGCACGACAACUAGGAGUAAUCAUGGGAGCUUUUACGCUUUGUUUUCUACCAUACUUUAUUUUAUUUCUCGUUGUCGCAUUCUGUGAUGGAUGUAUUGAUCCAGGACUUCUAACCGCAAUGACGUGGAUUGGAUAUCUUAAUUCGACACUUAAUCCCUUUCUUUAUCCAUUGUGCAAUACAAAUUUUCGAAGGAAAUUUAGAAAGAUGUUUGGAUUUAAAUCGCGUCCCAGACAUAAACCUGAUGUCAAUAACACAGAACGAAAUAGCUUUACAAUGCGGUAUGAUUAAAUUGCGUUGGUAAAGUGAAAAUGGUGCUAAUCAGUUUGUAAGCUGCAUUUGGGCUAGACAAUCUAAAACAUAAU